AUGUUUCAACCUACCUUUCCGGUUUCUCAUCUCAGGUUGUUGUUGUACUUUAGAAGUUGGUGUCAUGUCUGGACGCGGCAAGCAAGGAGGCAAGGCUCGUGCCAAGGCUAAGACUCGCUCAUCCCGUGCUGGGCUCCAGUUCCCCGUGGGUCGUGUGCAUCGUCUUUUGCGCAAAGGGAACUACGCAGAGCGCGUCGGAGCCGGAGCGCCCGUCUACUUGGCUGCUGUGCUGGAGUACCUGACUGCUGAGAUCUUGGAGUUGGCCGGCAACGCUGCCCGGGACAACAAGAAGACGAGGAUCAUCCCUCGCCACUUGCAACUCGCCAUCCGCAACGACGAGGAGCUGAACAAGCUCCUGGGCAAAGUCACUAUCGCUCAAGGCGGAGUGUUGCCUAACAUCCAGGCUGUGCUCCUUCCCAAGAAAACCGAGAGCCAUAAAGCGAAGGCCAAGUAAAUUCUAAGAUUUUUAGGAGACGUCGGAGACAUUUCAAAACAGACAACAAAGGCUCUUUUAAGAGCCACCCACAA